AUGAACAGCGUUUGCAAUGGAAUUCUGCAAGGUAUUAAGUAUCGUGACAUGUUUCGUGCUCAAUAUUAUAUUAAUGAUUUACAAAAUAUUGCUCAACAAUUAAUCAGUCAAGUGGAAGAACUUGGAUGUAUUAAUACUGCUGGUGUAUUAUUUGAUGUAAUGCAACAUUUAGCAGAUGAACUAGACGAUAUGAUACUGCCCAUUGUUGCCUAUGAAAUACACGUACACAAAUGUGAGAACAAUACUCUAACACCUCAUGAAAGGUAUCGAAAUUUUUUUAUUGACUCUUCAAAACAUUCAUGGACGAAUGUGGCUCGUGAAGUUAUUCAGAAAUAUCCUUUUAUAUUCACGCGUAUUAAAACAUUCUGUCUUUCCACAGUUGAAAAUAUCAAAACAUGCUUGAACUGUCUAGUUAAAGAUAGGAAUGAUAUUAGCAAUACGCUGUCCGUGGAUGCCAAUCUGGUAAAUCUUCUUCAAAUUCAUGUAUCUGGCUCUGACAGACAUCAAGAAGGGCGAACAGUCAUUUUAUUGACUUUUCAAGAUAAGCAAAAAUUAGUAUAUAAAAACUGUGAUUCUUCUGUCGAUCAAGCAUUACAAGUAUUUAUUAAUUUGUUAGAUCUCUCUCAUCCAUACGAUAUUAAAACACGUAAAUUCAUAAAAAAAAAUAAUUAUUCAUGGUACGAAUAUAUAGAGCAUAAGUCCUGCAAUAGUAUGUAUGAAAUGAGAAACUAUUACAAGCGCAGCGGAAGCAUGUUAGCUGUUUUAGAUACUUUAAACUAUUGUGAUGGACAUUGUGAAAAUUUAAUUGCUCAUGGAGAAUAUCCGUAUCUUAUUGAUAGUGAAACACUUUUUCAUAACUUUCCUAUUGAUGAAUUAGAAGUGCAAAUAGGCUCAUUGGAACAAGAGCGAAGUAUAGCAUUUACGGGCUUAAUCGAAAAAUCAGAUUACAUUAAAAAAUGUGAUCGAAGUGAAAGUUGUUCAGCUUUCCAAGCAGCUGGUUAUAUUAAAAAGAUUUUUCAACCGCGUAUCAUCAAUGACCAUACCGAUGACAUUAAAGUACGUUUCAUCCGAAAUGAAAAUGAUAUAAUGGCAGAUGAAUCUUCAACAGAACCAAUAUACACGAUCUUACAAAAUGCUCCUUGCUUAGAUAAGCAAGCUUAUACAAUCGAAUCAUUUCUGGACGAAUCUAUUGAAGGUUAUAUGCACACUUAUCAACAUAUAAAAAAUCAUGCAGCAGUGUUAUUGGAUGGUGAUAAUGAGUUUUGGUGUGCAAUAAAAAAGAUAACUUCGGCUCGAGCACUAAUUCGUACAACAUUAUUUUAUGCCAUGCUAAUUCGACGUUUACAACAGCCACAGUUCUCAGCUAACCAAGAAGUAGCUCGUCAAUAUUUAGAAGGCUAUCUUCAAUUACAUUCAUCCAAUUUAAAUUCGCAAUUAGCUGAAUGUGAGAUCAAUGAAUUACUUCAACUCAACAUUCCAUACUUUACUCAUCAACCAAGUGGUAAAGAUUUGUUUAUGGGAGACAAUGGAAAAUGUGCCAAUUAUUUUAAAUAUUCAGCAAUGGAACAAAUACAUUGGAAUAUUAAGCAUGCUAGUGACAUAUAUUGCAACAGACAGAUCGCAAUUUUAAGAAACGUAAUAAAAUCAAAUCCAGUCAUUACUUCAUAUUGCCCUUGCUACAAUUGCUUGCAAGAUUAA